AGUCUUGCUUGCAAAACAAGAAGAAGUGAAAAUCUGCCGCGUCAAAAGCAAAACGUGCGUACGAAUUGGCGUACAUUUCCGCAAUUGUUAAUCUCGAAAGUGGUUUGUUUUCCGUGAGGCAUUCAGUAGAUUUCCUUUGUGGAAGCGACUAGAACGUGUGACAUAUAAAAAAACGGACAGUACGAUAGAACAUCUUGGUUGGAAUAGAAACGCAGCGCUGCCGUAACAAUGGCUCCAGUUGAAAAGCAGACCGACCAGGAAUCGACGAUUGAAGAUCCGACUGUGGUCGAAAAGUACAAAAUUGCGGGUGAUAUCGUGAAUAAAACUCUUCAAACAAUAAUCCGAGCAUGUGUUGUUGGCGCAUCAGUGAAAGAGAUCUGCCUGAAGGGUGACAACAUGAUGGCGCAGGAUGCAGUAAAGAAAUACAAAAACGAAGAAGAUAUGAAGAAGGGCGUCGCCUUCCCGACGUGUCUCUCGGUGAACAACUGCAUUUGCCACUUCUCUCCAGCGCGCAACGAUCCGGACUAUCUGCUGAAGGAGAACGACGUGGUCAAGAUAGACAUGGGGGCACACAUCGAUGGUUUCAUUGCGGUCAUGGCCCACACGAUCGUGGUCGGUGCAACGCCGGAGAAUAAGUGCAAGGGCCGCGCGGCCGACGUUGUCCUAGCGGCAUAUCACGCUAGCCAGGCCGCGCUUCGACUGCUAAAGGAUGGCACCGGUAACUAUGCUGUCACGGAUGCGGUACAAAAAAUCGCGUCCGACUUCAAGUGCAAACCGAUCGAGGGUAUGCUGAGCCAUCAGCUGAAACAGUUCAAAAUUGAUGGCGAGAAGACGAUCAUCCAGAACCCAACGGUUGCACAAAAGAAGGAACACGAGAAGUGUGAAUUUGAAAAGUACGAAGUGUACGCGAUGGAUGUGCUCAUCAGUACGGGCGAAGGACUCGGCAAGGAGCUGGAUACGCGGGUGGCAAUCUAUAAGAAGACGGACGAAAAUUAUAUGCUUAAGUUGAAAGCAUCCCGUGCGUUCUUCGGAGAGGUUAAAAGGAAGUACGGAUCGAUGCCUUUCAACUUACGAAACUUUGAGGAAGAAGCAAAGGCCAAGCUGGGCGUCAACGAAUGCGUGGCGCAUAAGAUGGUUGAACCCUUCCAAGUAUUAUACGAAAAGCAUAAUGAAUAUGUUGCUCAGUUCAAAUACACGGUGCUCAUCAUGUCCAACGGCUUGAGGGUCGUAACAGGCCACACGUUCGACGAGAGCUGUUACGAAAGCGAACACAGCGUACAGGAUGAAGAAAUGAAGAAACUGUUGGCUACGGAACUGGUGCUGGGUAGCCAUGGCAAGGAUAAGAAGAAGCGACGUAGAAGGAACAAAAACAAGGCAGCGGCCGCUGGCGGUGCCGACGAAGACGCCGAGGAGGACAGUGGCGAUGAAGAGGCGGAUAAAAAGGAUGCGAAACCAUAACAGCAAAAUAUCGCUAUUACGGCCCGCGCCUUCACAGAGACGGCCUCAAGCUCGAGCAUACAGAACCCGUUCCCCCUCCAAUCCGUACUGAUUAAAGUUUGAUUCGGGUGUGUUAUUCCGUACAUAGCAAUAGUUUGCACUUGUGCACACUGCCCUAUACGAGAAAAGUGCAUAGCGUCCCAGGAAAGGAGUUCCCCGUUCUCCUUCGUGUGAAAUGUACAGUGGUUCUAAAAAUAGAACUCUGGUAAGGUAAAAUCUUAUAGCGCCAUCUAGUGGGUGGUCCAUCUACCUAACGUUUGAAGGACAGAAGUAGCAUGCGAACAGAACAGUUUUUGUCGCUUUUAGAAGGGGAUAAAACGCGAAAUAACUUAAAGCGAAUGUGUUUCUGUUCACUCUUACGAAAUUUAAUGCGUUUUUUUGCUUUGUCUUCUUUUCCAACGUACCAAUCAUUCUCAGCAGUGGUACGUUACUAUCCUAAUCCUUUUGUAAUAUCCCAUGCAUGACAAGACUAUACUUUUGCCCUCGGUAGCGCAGAAGUUGUUCCAACAACCAUAUGCUUAUGUUUUUUUAAAGUACUUUGUGUUAAAACCCUCCGGCUAGGGAAAAACAUCCCUAAAUUUGUCAACUAAAUUUUGUUAUUUCUUUUAAAAAAUAAAUCGGAUCCGUUGUCAUA